AUGAAAUUGUGUUUGUUACACUUGGUAGGUGUGAUCUGCCAGGCUCGAAAGCUUGACAAAAGUUUUACAGACACGUAGUGGACGUAUCUUUACAGAUUGGCGAAGGCUCUGUGGAGGCUUCUACGACCAGAGGCCGUUUUGGGGGCUUAGCUUUUGCGCAUGUUUUCAAAAUUAUGAUUUUGAAAACUUGGUAAUUUUUCCGAGUUCCUGGAUGAAAUUUUCUUUUGUAAAAACUCGCUAAUUGUAAGUACAUAUAAUUCCAAGUUUUUGCCAGGUUUCAGCAAACUAAACUACAGAGGUCAAGGCUAUCAAGGAGCGUCUUCGCCAUCGUCACUGGGCGGUCAGAGCUACGCUGGGCACGUUGACGAUAGAUUUGGAGGACAACACGGUUUGGACAGCCGCGCUGAAACCGUUGGAAGCUCGUUUGACCGAUCAGCAGCAGAAGGAGCUGGAGGAUCUUCUGGAAGCUCUGUAUCAACCACUUUUGAACGUACCGGGGUUUCUACCGGGGGAAUUGGUGGCUCGGCUGACAGAUUUGGUUCAUCAACUGGAGCCAUCGGGUCGUCAUUUGAUCGGUCGGCCAGUGUCGGUGCUGAUGGAGCCUCUGUAGCUGCUGGAUCAUUCACUGGAGCCUCUGGUUCUGCCGAUUCCUCAAGAUUCUCCGGGGCUGAGAUCGGCACAACUGGCGGAUCUUCAAGUUCUUCUUCAUUUAGCGGCUCCAGCUUUUCAGCUGAUGCUCCAGUGGCAACAGGAUCUUCGGGAAGUCAAAUUGAGGUCACCGGAACCUCCGAGACGGACUCCGGCGCUGCUGGAGCCUCUUCAACGUCCUUCGAACGCACUGAAUUUACCAAAAUUUCGAGUCCAAGUAGCUCCGCUGUCUCUUCCUCCGCUGGGCUACCUCCCCGAAUGGAUGGAAUUGCUCCGGACGCCGCCUCAGGCGCUGGAUUGGAUGUUGAAAAAAGCUCGCAUGGCGUGAGUGUUGCCGAACGAACUGGCAGUGGAUUUGAUGACAAACAAGUGAGAAGAGAAAGAGCCAAUUCGUAA